GAGACGGAUAGAGAGGCUGCUCCAGGGUCGCACUUCCGGCCAUCUCCUUGGAGGCGGGGGGGCGCGCAUUGUGGAGUCAGGAGCCGGCAGUGCCAGUUAGGGUCUCCGGUGGCCGGGACCGCUGUAGCGGCCCCGCGGGCGGGAUGUUCCGGGGUUUGAGCAGUUGGUUUGGCUUGGAGCAGCCGGCGGCGGGUGGCCGGCAAUCUGAGGGAGGCGGGCUGGUCGAGGGAGACGCUCCACCCCAGCAGUGCUCCGAAGAGGUGUCAGAGUCGGCGGAGGGGGAGCCGCGGCAAGCGGGGGACCAGGAACUCCUUCAUCAGGCAAAAGGCCUCGGCAACUAUCUGUUUAGCUUUGCAACUGCUGCUACAAAAAAGAUAACUGAAUCAGUUGCUGAAACAGCACAAACAAUAAAGAAAUCAGUAGAAGAAGGAAAAAUAGAUGACAUCAUUGAUAAGACAAUUAUAGGAGAUUUUCAGAAGGAACAGAAAAAAUUUGUUGAGGAACAGCUUACCAAAAAGUCAGAAGCAGCAGUGCCCCCAUGGGUUGAUAGUAAUGAUGAAGAAACAAUUCAACAACAAAUCUUGGCCUUAUCAGCUGACAAGAGGAAUUUCCUUCGUGACCCUCCAGCUGGAGUGCAGUUUAAUUUUGACUUUGACCAGAUGUAUCCCGUCGCCCUGGUCAUGCUUCAAGAGGACGAGCUGCUGAGCAGGAUGAGAUUCGCCCUUGUUCCUAAACUCGUGAAGGAAGACGUGUUUUGGAGGAACUACUUUUACCGCGUCUCCCUGAUUAAGCAGUCAGCCCAGCUCACAGCCCUGGCCGCCCAGCAGCAGGCCUCCGGGAAGGAGGAGAAGAGCCAUGGCACUGAGGAGGACCUGCCACUGGCAGAGGCAGUACGGCCCAAAACGCCACCUGUCGUAAUCAAAUCUCAGCUUAAAACUCAAGAGGAUGAAGAGGAGAUUUCGACCAGCCCAGGGGUUUCUGAGUUUGUCAGUGACGCCUUUGAUGCCUGUAACUUAAAUCAGGAGGAUCUGAGAAAGGAAAUGGAGCAACUGGUUCUUGACAAAAAGGAGGAGGAGACAGCCGUUCUAGAAGAAGAUUCUGCAGAUUGGGAAAAAGAACUACAACAGGAACUUCAGGAAUAUGAAGUGGUGACAGAAUCAGAGAAACGAGAUGAAAACUGGGAUAAGGAAAUAGAGAAAAUGCUGCAGGAGGAAAAUUAGCUCUUUCCUGAAAUAAAAGAAUAAUGCUUAACAGUCUGUAACUGACAUUAAAUUCUAGACGACGACACUCGCUGAAUCAGAAGGCAAAAAAGAUUGGUAUAACUAUAAAAUUCAAGAUUAUUCUUUUUUCAAGCUGAAAUUUGCCUUUUUUGCGUUUAUAAAAAAUAUAUAGAACAGUUAUUCUAAUAAUCAAAAAGGGAUGUUUUAUGUAAUAUUUCUUUAAUAUAAACCUAGUUAGAGAUAUUCGUGUAGUCACUAUGUAUAUCUUUGCCACAGAAAUGCAAGUAAAAUUUUAGAGUUCUGUUUUCCAUGAGGUCAGAAUUAUAAUUUAUUCUUCAAUUGUUUUUUCCUACACAUUUGUACUACUUGUUGCAUUUUCACUGAUACAUGUAUUUGUUGAAGUACUUACUUAAUGGAUUGAUAACUAUCACAAUGACCAAACUGUACCAAAGAACUUAAGAAGAAGCACUUUCAAGACUAUUUUCUUGGUAGGUAUUUUCUAAAAUUCCCUCUAGAAGCCAAAAGGUAAGAUAAUUGUGUUGAUUUUCAUAGUGUAAACAUCACACAAUUUGACAUUGAGAAAUACUGUGCAAAAGCAUUUGUUUUUCUCUAGGGCCUUUUCUUUCUUGUGUUGUUUGUUUGUUUGUUUGUUUGUUUUAACUAUACCACGUUUAAUAUCAUUGCUUUCCUAAAUUCCACGUCACAGUUUUUGUAGAAAGCGGGGCCUUUUGUCCUUUUUAUAUUAAUGACCUUCAUAAACCCAUUCACCUUACAGUCUCUUGUUUUUGUUUAAAUCGUCAUCACCUAUAAAUGUUUCAGCUUUGUUUGUCUUAAACUGUCAGUCCUUAUAAAAUUGUGUUCCUCUCAGUACAACUUGUGGAACUUCACUGCUCAAUCCUGCUUGUAUUCUGCUAUACCAGCAGGCCCAUGCUCAUAGGAUACGGUAUUUUAAAAGAACAAGGUGGCUUAAUGUCAGAACACUUCCGAGGCAUUUGCUUCCUAAAAUGUUCAUAUUUUUCAAGGAACCUUUAUUUCAUAAAAGGGAAUAGAAUUAAGACAAUCCUUUAUGGGAAAAAUGUACAUAUUUCUAUUCUUCACUCCAUAAAAACUAGUCCAUGGUCCUCUGGCAAAGGUAUAGUCAACGAGAGAACUGGGUGUGCGUCCAAGCUUUCCUCUUGUUUGUAGCUUGGUGCACACACUUGUGAAUGAGCCAGACUGUCUCAGCUGGGAUCCCUUGGGUUAUAGCAAUAAACUCACAUAUUCUGUGAAACCACUGACUCCAUUAUGAAGGGAUCUUCACCUGUGGUGCCACAGUUGCUGAUUACGGAGUUUGGGUUCAGAGGUGGUGACUGGCAACUUCUAAAAUAAUCCUAUUGAAGGGAAAAGUUUGGGUUUUUUUAAAGUAGAGUUUUCUGGAGGGAAAGAAACAUGUAAAAUGUUUUUAAGUAGCUAAAAGUCCUGGAUGUAAGCAGAUCAGAAUAUGACAGUGCUUGGCUCUUGGUAUAUGCGCUAAAAUUCACAUUGUUGAAUAAAUACAAAAAAGCAAAGGUUUCAGAGAAAGUAAAAAAAAAAAAACUAAAAUGACAAUAGACAUUAUAGUUGUUACUAUCAACUUUACAUGAUACUCUUAUUGCAUUUAAAAACAACCUAAUUGUGCAUUGCUUUAUGAAAACAGAAGGCUAAAAUAAGAUUUAAUACACAGCAUAAAAAUACAGUUAUGCUCUAUUUUUAUGAUUCAAAUAGGAGUAAAAUGUUCUGCUCUUUUAAGUGAUACAAGUAACUGAAGUGUAUUCCUUUAAAGGGAAAAAUAAUUUGUAACCAUGUUGGGUGGAAAAUUUCUAAUGGGGGAUAGCCAACAAGCUAUGCUGAGCAUAAAAACACAUAAGCUUCACACUAUGGGGAUUAUACCUCACUACUCACAGUGUGGCUCAGGAACCAGCGAUGGCCUGCCCUAGGAAUUUGCUAGAAAUGCAGAGUUUCAGGCCAUGCCACAGACCUGCUGGCUGAGACCCUGCCCGUUACCGAGACCCCCAGGGAUUAGAGUGGGCUUUACAGUUUGAGGCACAUUGGACUAACGCACUAAUGCCCUCAGGGCAACCAAGGUUGCUGGUGCUUUUUACUUUGUACCCUUCCACUAGCAUCGUUGGAUGAUGGGGUCUUUCUAGUUGGUGUUACAGAUACCUCCUCUGCUGUUCCAGUCAGUUCCUGCUACCGAUUCACCUUUUCACACUGCCAAAUAAAGAGGAACCAAGCUCCCAGGGAGACCAUGAAUAAUCCUGCUAAGUCAGAUCUCUCUGAUAUCACACAUUUCAGAGGAAAAUGACAACACCACAAAGUGCAGAGAUAAGGCUCCCUGAGAACUGUUUCACAUGUUCACAAGCUUUCCCUGAGGUUCUUGAGCGGCAUCAGAGGGCUGAUGUCCCCCCAAGGCCAUAAAGGAUGGAAUGUACCAUGUAUGGCACGUUCAUGCACAUGAAAUCAAGUAAAAAUAUUUGGAAAGGUAAUAGAGUAUGGACCCAAACUGUGUCUUUAAGGCCAAUUUUAGGUACGUGGAGUCUUAUUUUACAAGAAUGGAAACUUUAUUUGCAGUUCCAGCAGUUUAUGGCAAGCAAGUAAAGUCCACGGAUGUAGCCAGUCUCAGCAGGAGCUCUCGCUCUGCUACCGCCAACUCAGUUACAAUGUCACAAAUUCAUAUGCAAAAGUGGCAACUUCUUACAAGAAGUGGGAAAUCUCUGUAUUGAAAAGUUAAACUAGAGAACCUUAUCUUUUAGUAGAUAAGGCAGCAGUGAACGAUACUUGUAACUCAGAGUGCUUUCAGAUACCCUACAAUAAGCAAGAUGGUUUUUCACAAACUACUAUUACAAAUAGGAUUUUUAGGACAAUUUAAAGGUUAAC